CGAAGGUAGCGCCUGAUUUGGCGCAGACAGGACGUCGGAGUAGGCUGUAUGUGUGUUUGUAGCCCAUUUACAGAACUGGGAGGUUGAGCGCUCCUACCAACGAGUGAAAGCUGCGCUUGCAUCGGGCGCUGUGAAAAUGGCGGAUGACUGCGCUAGGCUCGGUACAAUAAUCGGUCAAUGUUCGCACGGCAGACUUUGCCCGGUGAGGGAGUGUUGUGUGUACGGAAAUCCAGGAACGUGGCGCGAGCAGCUGUUAAGCAAAGCUUGUAGCGGAACGGGGGCGCCUCGAGCUUUCAAGCGAGUCGACCGCAGGAGCGCGCAAGGGCUAUAUAGCCCAGACCCCCAUUGAUACUACUGCUGCCAUGGAGAGGAAAGAGCAUCCAGUUGGAGAAGUCCUCAUCAUUCCAAUGAGAUCUUCAACAUCACUUUCGCCCCAGGAUUCAGCUCGACCCCAAACCCUUCCCCUCCAGCCCUCCUCCCCUCCUCCCCCCCUCUCUCUGUCCAGUCACCAGCUCCAGGCUGAGUUUCUGAGGAGAGCUCCCAGAGCUGCUUACCCUGACAAUGAUUCGGCUAGACACCAAAACCUUCCCCACCAACCCUCUCCCUCUGUCUCCCCCUUCUCCUUCCCUCCUCCCACUCUUUCCUCCCCUCCUCCACCCCUCUCUCUGUCCAGUCCCCAGCUCCAGGCUGAGUUUCUGAGGAGAGCUCCCAGAGCUGCUUCCCCUGACAACGAUUCGUCUAGACACCAAAACCUUCCCCACCAACCCUCUCCCUCUGUCCCCCCCUUCUCCUCCCCUCCUCCCACUCUUUCCUCCCCUCCUCCACCCCUCUCUCUGUCCAGUCCCCAGCUCCAGGCUGAGUUUCUGAGAAGAGCUCCCAGAGCUGCUUCCCCCGACAACGAUUCGGCUAGACACCAAAACCUUCCCCACCAACUCUCUCCCUCUGUCUCCCCCUCUGUGUCCCUCUUCUCUUCCCCUCCUCCCCCUCUUUCCUCCCCUCCUCCACCUCUUUCCUCCCCUCCUCCACCCCUCUCCCUGUCCAGUCCCCAGCUCCAGGCUGAGUUUCUGAGGAGAGCUAGCCGUGGUCUGAGAACUGUCUCCUGUGACACCAGCGAUGUCCUCACCUCCCCCAGCUCCACCCUGGUCUCCCCCUUUACCUCCAUCACCACCUCCACCCUUACCUCCCCCCCACAGCCCCUGUCCCUCUCCAUGCCCACUAAAGAGGGUUGCACUACUCUCCUGUCUCUCUCCAGUCCUGAGCUACUAACUGAGCUGUGUCAAUCUCAGUCCCGUCCUAUGAACCACGUCUCUGUCUCUAAAGGACUCACCACUGUCUUCUCUGGACGGGGCAGGGGCAUAACGAAUCCUAGCCCUGCCACUGCUUCAGGAGCAGCCAACCAGACACUCCGCUCAGACUCCAUGGCCAAUAGGAGAGGACAGGCAGGUCCCAGGCUGUCUAAUGGGGCAAAGCGUUAGACUAAGCUAAAGUGCCUCUGAUGACCCCAGCUACUGUAUAAUGUAAUUGAAAUGAAUGAAAACCAGCAGUCCUGUGGCCCUCCCCCUGUGGAGUUGAGAACUGAAUGACACAUUAUCAAACACUAUCUAUACUGCCAUGUGCCAUUGCAAACACACUAACAUCAUAGACACAAUGCCAACCCACCGACAGACUUACACACACACUGUAACACACACACACUGUAAAACACACACACUGUACCUCUUCAUGUAAGACAUGGACGUGCUUCUACACCUGCAUUGCUUGCUGUUUGGGGUUUUAAGCUGGGUUUCUGUACAGCACUUUGAGAUAUCAGCUGAUGUAAGAAGGGCUAUAUAAAUUGAUUUGAUUUGAUUUAAAAGCAACGUGGUGAGGUGAAGCAGGUCUCUGUAAAAAAUAAAUGAUCAAAUAUAUCAUAACACACUUGUUUGUCUCUGUAUUGUGUGUGUGUGUAUGCGUGCGUGCGUGACUUCACUGAUAAGAUCCAACCCAUGGUCAGAGUCUAGAGACCUCAUGAGAUACAGGGACUGUGUGUGUGUGUGUGUGUGCGUUGAUAGAGGGCUGAUGAAACAGUGGUUGAGAUAAGAGCCAAAGGUUAAAGGUUAAGUACAGAGUGUUCCAGGAGGUGUGGCUUAAAUAAGAAGUGUUUCUUUACUAUAGCAGUUUACUACUAGUUAGUCGUAUUCCCCAGCCGGAUCUCUCUGUCGCAAAUAGCCUGGGGACGAGGUUACCUACCAGUAUGUGAGGGGUGGUCUACUGAGUGUGUCUGUGUUCAGGACAGUACCUGUUUGUGUAGACAAGAUGGGCAUUAAUGGGCGACUGCAACGCUACCUGCUGCCAGCCUCCAUCAUGGCUCUGCUGCUCUUCCUCAGUUCCUUCUGGCUCCCUCAGGUUGCAAUGGGUGAUUGUGAGACCUCCUGGCACCCCUGUCUGAGUUUCAAUUUCUACCUUCCAACACCGGAGAGCCCUGUUAUUCCUCAUCCAGGAGGGGUGCAGAGUGGGGGACAGCAGGGUGAGAGGGGUGUAGUGUUAGGUUCUGUGCCCCCUCUCCAGGUGUGUCAAGGUCAACAGUUCCAGGUGUGGCGUCUCAUGUCCCACCUGACCUCUUCCAUGGCUACGCACUCUGAUGAUGUUCUGCUGGAACACUACCUCUACAGCUGGGACGAACUCAUCAAGUUUAUGGAAUCUCUCGGACCUCUGGUCAGUUUUUUCUCUCAGAAGGUCAACGAUAAGAUCGCUGUCAUCAGAGAGCUGGCCCAGCAGGAGAAAGAGGACCUUGAGAAACGUAGUCCAGUAGAAGGACACUCUGGACUACAAACUCUCACAUCAGGACUACAAGGUCCAGCGGCCUACAGUUCAGUGCGUUCCAUGGUGGAGUCGGAGCUGCAAAGGGGCUUGGUGAACUUCAGUGUGCGGACGCGCUCCGGCUGCAGAAAUCUGCUGCGGCUCCACCGUUCGCUGCUCUGGAUCCUGCUGCUACUGCAGGGCCUGGGGGAGGGACCGGACGCACAGGGGGUUUACCGCACCCCUGGGGAGCUCUGCAGGGAUGCGUACACCGUGGCCCUGGCCCCCCAUCACCCCUGGUUGAUCCGCAGCGCGGCUGAGCUGGUGUUUGUAGCGCUGCCAGACAGAAGCGUGUUCCUGGAUAUAGUUUGUGUGAGAAAAGAGGAGGAGGUUGGGCCGGUGCUCAACAUUGUUGUAGACGUUAUGAGAGAGGUAUACACACGCAUACAGAGCAUACUGGAAGAACACAACAUGAUGGAGCUGCCAUAGAAAGACACAGACAGACAGACACGUACGGCAGCACACAUAGCCUGCACAGACUAAAAAGACACAUGUUAGAAAGACUGUAGAAACACACAGCAACUCAGUUAGUUAGGCCUACCGUAUAAGCCUGUUAACAACUGUAUAUGCAGAAAAGCCCAUAUAACUAAUGAUAACCUUGGAAUACCUGCUUUGUGUCAGUGAAAGGAGUGAAUAAACAUGUUAUUUAUUCA